UCCAGCCGCGGAGCUCCGAGCGGUCACCUGCUCCUCCUGCACCCGGCCCCCGAGCGGCCGCUGUCGGGUUCGGUUUGACGGAGGCGUCGCUGCCAUGGAGGCUGGGGGGGGCUUAGCUUCCCGAGUAGCUCCGUAGCGAACCGCUCAUCAGCACCCGGAGAAGAGCUCCCUGAACCCGGCUCGGACACUCGGUAGAUCCCGCUCCAGAGCUCCGGGCUCACGGUUCACAUCGUCCCGUCCCGGAGCAGCAGACCCACCGGGGAGAAGAGGUGAUCCACGCGGGGGGAAGAGGCGCUUCGGUCCGGCUACACUGGCAACGGAUGUCCUGGAGAACGGAUGCGUGAGGACAUGUCCACCAUGGUGUGCGUGAAGGAGGAGGAGGACCCCGGGGAGAAGAUGACCCAGGAUGAGAUCAUCUCCCGGACCAAGCAGGUGAUCCAGGGGCUGGAGGCGCUGAAGCAGGAGCACCACUCCAUCCUGGACGGCCUGCUGGGCACGCUGCGCUGCCUGAAGCAGGAGGAGGAGGGCGUGCUGGUGGAGGAGAAGUCCCACAUGAUCCGCAGGUCCAUGGAGAUGCUGGAGCUCGGGCUGAGUGAAGCACAGGUGAUGAUGGCGCUGUCCAGCCACCUGAGCUCGGUGGAGUCGGAGAAGCAGAAGCUGCGAGCCCAGGUGCGCCGGCUCUGCCAGGAGAACCAGUGGCUGAGGGACGAGCUGGCCGGGACGCAGCAGAAGCUGCAGAAGAGCGAGCAGAGCGUGGCCCAGCUGGAGGAGGAGAAGAAGCACCUGGAGUUCAUGAACCAGCUGAAGAAGUACGACGAGGACCUGUCCCCGACUGAGGAGAAAGACUCUGACUCCACCAAGGAGACUCUGGAUGAUCUCUUCCCUGACGACCACGACGACCAGGCCCCGGGCAUCCAGCCGGCUCACGGCAGUGCGGCGGCGGCGGCGGCCCAGCAGGGGGGCUAUGAGAUCCCGGCCCGGCUGAGGACCCUCCACAACCUGGUGAUCCAGUACGCGUCCCAGGGCCGCUACGAGGUGGCCGUGCCGCUGUGCAAACAGGCGCUGGAGGACCUGGAGAAAACCUCGGGACACGACCACCCGGACGUGGCCACCAUGCUCAACAUCCUCGCCCUCGUCUACAGGGAUCAGAACAAAUACAAGGAGGCAGCCAACCUGCUGAAUGAUGCUCUGGCCAUUAGAGAGAAGACGCUCGGCAGAGACCAUCCAGCGGUUGCUGCCACCCUCAACAACUUGGCCGUCCUCUAUGGGAAGAGAGGGAAGUACAAGGAGGCGGAGCCUCUGUGCAAGAGAGCGCUGGAGAUCAGAGAGAAGGUGCUGGGGAAGGACCACCCGGACGUGGCCAAGCAGCUGAACAACCUGGCCCUGCUGUGUCAGAACCAGGGCAAGUACGAGGAGGUGGAGUACUACUACAUGAGGGCGCUGGAGAUCUACCAGACCAAGCUGGGCCCGGACGACCCCAACGUGGCCAAGACCAAGAACAACCUGGCGUCUUGUUACCUGAAGCAGGGCAAGUUCAAGCAGGCCGAGACUCUGUAUAAAGAAAUCCUCACCCGCGCUCACGAGAGGGAGUUCGGCUCAGUCGACGAUGAGAACAAACCGAUCUGGAUGCAUGCUGAGGAGCGAGAGGAGCAAAGCAAGGGGAAGCAGAAGGACGGGUCACCAUUCGGAGAAUAUGGAGGCUGGUACAAAGCCUGUAAGGUGGACAGCCCCACGGUGACGACCACCCUGAAGAACCUCGGCGCCCUCUACAGGCGACAGGGGAAGUUCGAGGCUGCGGAGACGCUGGAGGAAGCCGCCCUGCGCUCCAGAAAGCAGGGUCUGGACACUGUGCACAAGCAGCGCGUGGCCGAGGUCCUGAGCGAGCCCGAGGUCCGCGAGAAGCAGCGAAGCCGCGAGAGCUUGACCUCGGACUCGGUGAAGUACGAGAGCGGGCCGGACGGGGGGGAGGAAGUGAGUAUGAGCGUGGAGUGGAACGGGGAGGGCUCCGGCGCCCUGAAGCGAAGCGGCUCCUUCAGCAAACUGCGAGCGUCGAUCCGCCGUAGCAGUGAGAAACUCGUCCGCAAGCUGAAGGGGGGAGGCGGCUCCACGCGGGACAGCGAGCCCAAGAACCCAGGCAUGAAGCGAGCCAGCUCUCUGGGCGUUCUUAACGUGGCGGACAAGGAAGCGAGCGACCACUACCAAGAACGAAAUAAUCGUCUGAGGCUGAGUCGCGACCUGAGCGCUAGCCACACCGACCUGGCGCUGUGAAGGUCGCUCGACGAGGUGAGGGGCGGAGCCUGAGAGGUCACCGAGGUCAAGAGAGCUCCGUCAUUCGUCCAAACUUCCGCCGCCCCCCCCUUUGCUGUAAAUAGGUUGCUGUGGACGCUUCUCAUUUCCUUUGUUCUCUCGUUCUCUCGCUGUUCAGGUUUAAAUCUUUUCUGCACUUUUACACAUUUGAGGUGUUUAUUUUUAUCCGUCAGUGCAAAUGAAGAAACGGGGGGGAAAUGAAAAUCAAUGAUUUUGACCUGAGUGUUUUUUCUUUGUUCAUCUUUUCUGUCUGUUUUAUUUUUGUGCGUUUACUGUACGUUAGUCGGUUUUAAUCGCCCGAGUUAAAAACAGUUUUUUGCUCAGCGAUUCCCAGUCUGUACUUUCUAUAUUAAUUAGAAACCCUUCAGGACACUUCUCUUUGGAACCUGCAGGGGGCGCUCACGUCUCCUCGACCUUCCAUCAUGUGGCGACUGUAGAUUUUGCCUUUUGACGUAUGAAGAUCUAUGUUUACAUUUGGGUGUAUUGUGUAAAUGAUGUUUUAUUUGUUUCUGCUCUGAAGAGUUUUGUUUCUCUUGAAGUUUGUAAAAAGUCUCGAGAUCCGAAUCACGACGGCUCGUCUCUGCGUCAGAGGAAAGAGGCGGAGUCUGUUGAUCCAUCGACUCCGCCUCCUCAGGACGGAGGAUGUAGUUUCACACACUGACCGAAAAGUUCAAAACACUUUUACACAGUCGGACAACACUUUACCUGAGUGAAGUGGAACAAAUCCAACCAAACUUAUUUAAAGAAACUUAUUAUCAUGCAAAUAAUGAUUCCUGAGCAUUUUCAGAGGAAACUUAAGUUGCCAUUUUAAAAUAUGUAUAUUUGCUUUUUACCAAAAUA